AUGGGCUUUCUGGACUCGCCGUGCUCGGCCCGGGCUCUUGCGGCAAGAAGCCAUGCCCCGAGUCGCAGGACCUCUUGGUCAUCGGCGGCGACUAUCGACCCAGAUCCGAUUGCUCUCCCACCUUUCAACGUAAAAGAAAUCAAGGCGAGCGACCAGCAGUGGCCUCCUGGCGCCAACAGGAAUCAGAAUAAGACGGCCGCGGGUGGAUAUUUCGAGAGCUGCAUCAACUGCAAGCUCUUUGGCAAGUACGAGAACAGCAUUCCCAAGGACGGCGGGAGUCUUUUUCGCUGCGAGUGCGACUACCCGGGAAGGCCGGGCGGGUUUCGCCGGAAAGAGUCGGUCCUGAACUUGAACAACUGUGGGCAGCCCCAGGUCUACCUUGUGGAGGCUUCACCAGCUCAUGCAGUUGCGACCUUUUCGGGGGCCGCUACCUCUCGUGUGGGUGUUAUGAUGCGCCUCCCGGAACCCAGAUGGUGGAUUUAA